GUUCCGCAUGUUUGAAAAACUUAACGAGGUGCUCUUGAAGGUCUUUCCCCGUCAGUGAUGCCGUUCUUCUAACGGGCAGGGUGGGGGUGUUGCAGAGCAAGCCCUGACAGCCGAGCUUCCUCCUUGUAAAGCAAGCGCCCGAGUUGGGUUUUGCCAGCCGAGCACCCGCUGCCAAAACGGCUCUCGCCUAGAGACGCUGCCCGCGAGGGAUGGAGGGCAGGCCCCCGUCUGGGGCUAGGGUCCCCGGGGAGACGAUACGGGGUGGCGCGGCGCGGGAGAGUCACCCCGGGCUCGUCGCCCCGCCUAGCACGUGGCCCCACCCCCAGGACGUGGCCCGGACCGCGCCCCAGGCCCCAGUGGAAGCCGCGGCUCGGCCCGAGGUGUGGACCCUUCCUGGGCUUUUCUGUUACACGUGGGUGAAGCUCAGCCGCCUUCCCUGCCUCCACCCUCGCUCUCUCCUGCUGCCCCCCUGCCGCAGCCAUUGCUCCCCUAAAGCUCCGGUGUCAGCAGAAAACACUUCACUUCGAACCAUGAAUCUCGACAUCCAGUGUCAGCACCUAAGUGACGCCCGGUGGGCGGAGCUCCUGCCCCUGCUCCGGCAGUACCAGGUGGUCAGGCUGGACGACUGCGGCCUCACGGAGGUGCGGUGCAAGGAUAUCCGCUCUGCCCUCCAGGCCAACCCCUCGCUGACGGAGCUGAGCCUUUGCACCAAUGAGCUGGGCGAUGCCGGGGUGCGGCUGCUGCUCCAGGGCCUGCAGAGCCCCGGCUGCAAGAUCCAGAAGCUCAGCCUCCGAAACUGCUCCCUGACGGACACCGGCUGCGAGGUCCUGCCAGAUGUGCUGUGCUCCCUGUCCACCCUGCGCGAGCUGCAGCUCAGUGACAACCCGCUGGGGGAUGCAGGCCUGCAGCUGCUCUGCAAAGGGCUCCUGGACCCCCAGUGCCACCUGGAGAAGCUUCAGCUGGAGUACUGCAACCUGACGGCCGCCAGCUGCGAGCCCCUGGCUGCAGCGCUCAGGGCCCAGAGGCACUUCAAGGAGCUUGCGGUGAGCAACAAUGACAUCGGUGAGGCUGGUGUGCGGGCACUGUGUCAGGGCCUGGUGGACUCUGCCUGCCAGCUGGAGACGCUCAAGCUGGAGAACUGCGGGCUCACAUCGGCCAGCUGUAAGGACCUGUGUGGUGUCGUGGCCUCCAAGGCCUCGCUGCAGGAGUUGGACCUGGGUGACAACAAGCUGGGUGACCAGGGCAUUGCCACACUAUGCCCCGCGCUGCUGCAUCCCAGCUCCCGGCUCAGGGUCCUGUGGCUCUGGGACUGUGACAUCACCACCGCAGGCUGCAGAGACCUGUGCCAGGUUCUCAGGGCCAAGGAGAGCCUGAAGGAGCUGAGCCUGGCGGGCAAUGCGCUGGGCGACGAGGGUGCCCGGCUGCUGUGUGAGACCCUGCUGGAGCCUGGAUGCCAGCUGCAGUCCCUGUGGGUGAAGUCCUGCAGUUUCACGGCUGCGUGCUGCCCCCACUUCAGCACGAUGCUGACCCAAAACAAGCACCUUGUGGAGCUGCAGAUGAGCGACAACAAGCUGGGGGACUCUGGCGUCCAGGAGCUCUGCCGGGGCCUGAGCCAGCCUGGCGCCACGCUGCGGGUGCUCUGGCUGGGGGACUGUGAUGUGGCCAACAGUGGCUGCAACAGCCUGGCCUCGCUCCUGGUGACAAACCACAGCCUGCGGGAGCUGGACCUCAGCAACAACUGCAUGGAUGACCUGGGCAUCCUGCGGCUGGUGGAGAGCCUGGAGCAGCCUGGUUGUGCGCUGGAGCAGCUGGUCCUGUACGACAUCUACUGGACGCAGCAGACCGAGGACCUCCUUCGGGCCCUGGGAGAACGCAGGCCAAGCCUACGGAUCAUCUCCUGAGAGGCCCAGGGCUCCUCCCGCUCCGGGCUUCCGGGCUGAGAAUGAAGAGACUGUCAAAUCAAUGGACUGCUGUGGGAAAGGUUUAGACAUUUUAUUAAAGCACUUUUUUGGCA